UUAGGGAGGGUUUGGGUUUUGGAGAAUGGAGAAGAAGAUGAAGGGAGCAGCAACGACAUCAUUAUCAUGGUGGGGUUGCAUGGCAGUGGCAUGCAUGGUGGGAAUGUUGGUAAUGGCAAAGCAUGCAAAGGGAGUGUCAUGUGGUGAUGCAGUGAACGCGCUGAUACCGUGUGGGUCGUACCUGAUCGGAGACGGGGCUGAAGAUCCGAGCGCGCAGUGCUGUGCGAGUGCGCAAGGGUUGAAAAAGAUGGCUAAAACGGUGGAGGCAAGAAGGGAGCUUUGUCAGUGUUUCAAGGAUACUGGACCUUCUUUUGGAGUUAACCCAAAGAGAGCUAAAAAUUUGCCAUCUUUUUGCAAGCUCAACCUUACUAUUUCUAUCAACUCUAAUGUCAACUGCUCCAUGAUUGGAUGAAGCAUGGAAGAUGGAUGGAAUGGAAAGGAGUUAGAGUUACAAGAGAACUAGAAUAUUUGGAAGUUCAUGCUCUUCUGCUCUAAUUAUCUGUGUGUCUUUAGUUACUAUCAUGCAUGUAUUAUGUUUGAGUGACGAUGUAGUUUGGUCUCUAUGUUUAAU